AUGAGUAGCAUCAAAGAUCAAGAGUUUAUCUCUACUUUCCCGGAGAGUGAGAAAAAGCUCGACAUUGAAGAUUCCAAAAGUACUCUUUCAUUCAAAGAUGGAUUGGCCGCAGCUGGUGGUGAGAUGAAGAGAAAUUUCUCCAACCUAAGUCUUGCUAUGAUUGGGUUCUCUUUAACGAACAGUUGGUUGGGUAUAUCAUCCAGUUUGGUCACUGGUAUUCAAUCCGGUGGCCCCAUUUUGAUUGUUUGGGGUAUUCUUAUUGUUGGUUGCGUAUCGGUGUGUAUUGCUAUCACAUUGGGUGAAAUGGCAAGUGCUAUGCCUUCAGCAGGUGGCCAAUAUGUUUGGGCAAGAGUAUUGGCACCAAAGAAAUACGCUAGUUUUUGGGCUUAUAUUACUGGAAGUAUAUCGUGGGGAGGCUCCAUCUUUACGUCAGCAUCAAUGUGUUUGGCAUUGGCUUUGGAAUUGUUGGGCUUUUGGAACUUGAAUCACCCUGAGCAUACGACCAAGAAAUGGGAAAUAUUCAUUAUAUACAACAUUGUCAACUGGUUUUUGUUUUUGUUUAAUGUCUGGCACAGGUUUUUGCCAUUUAUUGGAAACAGUAUCUUCACCAUUAGUUUGUCUUCAUACUCGAUUAUUUUGAUUACAGUGUUGGUUUGCUCAAGGGGCCAUUACAAUCCUCCCCAUUUCGUCUUUGUUGAAUUCACCAAUGGUACUGGCUGGCCAUCGAAAGGUAUUGCGUUUAUUGUUGGAUUGAUCAACCCAGCAUGGUCGUUUGCUUGUCUUGAUAGUGUGACCCAUUUGAGUGAGGAGACGUCGCAACCAGAAAGAGAUAUUCCCAAGGCAGUUUUAUCUACAGUGGCCAUUGGCUUCAUUACUGCUUUCACUUAUUCCAUUGCCAUGUUUUUCUGUAUCCGUAAUCUUGAUACAAUUAUCAAUUCCACUACCGGUAUGCCCAUUCUUGAUAUAUAUUAUCAAGCGUUGGGCAACAAAAUUGGAGCAACUUGUUUGGGAUCCUUGGUCUUUCUCACUGCUUCCGGAUGUACCAUUGCCUGUCAAACAUGGCAAGCAAGAUUGUGCUGGAGUUUUGCCAGAGACAAUGGAAUGCCAGGGUCCAAGUACUUGUCCAUCAUUGAUCCAAAGACUGGUGGACCAUUGUACGCACAUUUGUUCUCCACUGUCAUUGUCAGUGUUGUUUCAGUUUUGGUCUUUUCCGAUGCCGCAUUGCAGGCUACUGCUUUGGCAUGUGUUUCGUUCUUGGUCAUUGCCUACGCAAUCCCUACAAUUUGUUUAUUAGUGAGAAGACGCCAAAUUCGUCACGGUCCAUUCUGGUUGGGCAAAGUUGGAGCAUUCUGCAACUGUGUCCUUUUAGCAUGGGUUGUUUUUGUCUUGGUGUUUUUCUCAUUCCCCGCAUACUACCCAGUCACGGCUGAAGGUAUGAACUAUUUCUGUGUGGUGUUGGUGGUUUAUGUCGCAUGUAUGCUUAUUUAUUGGUGGUUCCCCAUCAAGAAAUAUGCUUGUAAAAACAACUUUAGAGGCGGUCAACAUAACAAAGAAGAGGUGGAAUUUCCACAUGUUUGCUUGACUGAAUGGUAG